AUGCUCCCCCUGGCAGUGAGUGCGGGGCAGCGGGAGGCGUUGGAGCUGGCGCAGCUACUGGACAACUUCCACUGCACGCACGCCCCCCUUCCGCAGGUGCGCUGCUGCUCCCCCUCCUGCCCCUCCCGCGCCUGUCCUUCACCGCUCUCUCCCUCGCCACUCUCUCCCCUCACCCAUUUCCCCCAUCACCCCUUCUCCUUGGUUUCCCCUUUGCCUUCCUAUUAUCGUUGGCUUCCCCUUUUCCUCCCUCAUUGCCUUCCUUGCGUGCAUCCAGUCCCCUCCGCAAGCCUCCCUCUCGUGAACUCACCUUCCCCCCCCUCUCCAUCGCUCUCAUUCUACUCUGUGCUGAACCCCUGUGUGGGGCUGCUCUGCUGCUGCCCUCUGCUCAGAGUUUCUCAUUCACCCUCCUACCCCCGCCUUCAGCUUUCCUGUCUGCCUCUUGCCUAUGCGAUUGUCACCCCCAAACCGCACACGGCCAUCGAUCAGCAGGAGGCUGCGAGCACCACACACGCCAGCGACCCCAGCAACCCCACCACCGCUGCUGCUGCCUCCGCUCCUCACAUCUCAUGGGAAACCAAUCCCACACCUAUGUCUGAACGGUUCAUGGGCAUGGAGGCGGCGUUUGUCUCCUCCUCCCCAGUCUCGCUUGCCCUUGCCCGCACCGCUGGCUUCCGCACUACCCACCUUAACCGCGCUGCACUCCCCUCCACCUCCCACCACCUCCUUGUCAACGGUGACUCCGAUGACUUCUCUCGCACUUCAGCAGCAGAAGGCAACGCCGAUGCAGGAGGAGACGAAGAAGCUGGGGCAGCAGUAGCAGCAGCGACAGCAGCAGCAGCAGCGCCUGACCCAUCAGUGCUGGCAGCAAGGAUAGUGGCGGCGCUAGGGUUGCACAGGGAGGAGGUUCCAGGCCCUCCCCCCAGCGCUGCGGAGAGGGAGGAGGGCGAGAUGGACCUUCUACUGCUGCACGUGCGCCCUGCUGACGUCGCCUCAUGGGGCGGCAGCGCUGUGGAGAAAAGCGCUGGUGGUUUGCCAGCAGCAGCUGCAGUAGAAGCAGGGGUGGGAGGAGCAGGAGCAGGAGGUGUGGUGACAGGUGCAGGCAGCGGCGAGAGUGGCGCUAUGGAAGGGCAGGUGUGGGGACAGGCAGAGCAGGCGAUUCAGUGGGUAGACUCGCUUGUGGCGGAGCUGUUGAGAUGGCGCGAUGGCAAGGCACGCAAGGGGGAGGAAGGCGAGGGAGAGGAGUGGAGUGGUGGUGAGGGAACAGUAGUGUCCAGCGAGGUGACCUCCUCCUUGCCGCUGCGGGCACAGAACCACCUGUACCUUGCUGUGGUGCUGGGAUAUGGGGAUCAGGGCAACCAACAGGUGCCUCCUGCUGCUGCUGGUGGUGGCGGUGCUGCUCCAGAGCAGUCAACUGAGGCACCCUGGUCACCCGUUCCCUUGCGCUCUCUUCCCAAGGUCGCAUCGCCGCCCUCUGCUGCUGCUGCUCCUGCUGCUGGUGCCUCUGCGGGUGCCUCUGCGGGUGGCUCUGUGCCGUGUGUGCCGCGCAUGGCCUUUGUCCCGUGGCAGAGCUAUGAGCUGCGGGGGGACGAGCCCGUGGAGGCCAUUCGACGCCACCACCCUCUGCUGGUGUCCCGCCAUCUGCCUGCUGUCACACGCUGUGAUGAGGCAACACGCUUUGGCAUGCAAGAGUGCAUACAGAAUGGAGGAGACCGGGCCAUCUUGGCAGAUCGCUUUAUAUACGAGGUUGCAUUCAAGCUGUGGAGGUAUCCCAAGUAUGGAGCUUAA